AUGGUAUGCAUAACAGAGGAAAGAUAUGAAGGUAAUAUAGUGGCUGAUAGCGACUGUAGUUGUGAUACAGAAAGUAGGUGUUAUACCGGCAGAAGUGGUGAGGGUGAGUUUGGGACAAGUGAAGAUGAUGAAAAAGAUGGAAUAUUUGGACAGGAGGAAAUAUAUGAAUCUGAAGAAGAGGACUAUGAUUAUGAUGGUUGGAAUGGUUUUGUUAGGAACGAUAAAUAUGUUGGAGCAGAUAUAGUAAGCGAUGAAGAUGAUUUUGUUGAGGCAGCAACUAAUACCACUCGCAAUGAUAACCCAGCAAUGAAUAAGAUGAGGCUAAGUGCGGCUGAAAAAGGUAAGGGUAUUGUUGUUGAAGAGCAACAAGUGCGUGUGAGACUAGAAAUACCUGAAGGAUUAAAGAAAAGAAUUAGCGUGACAGAAAUAUAUGGUUAUGAAGAUGUGGAACCUAUUGUUAGAGGUGUGUAUUCGGAUGAGAUUACUGGCUAA